AUGUCUGAAGUGCCUCAAGGAGAACUGCAGAGAGGGCAUAAAAUGCCCAAGGAGAAGCGCGUCAUGCUUCUACUGUCACGAAUGUUCCCAUCACGCAGCUGUAUGUCCCAUGCCGGAACAAACGAGAGAAGUCCCGGACCGGGUGGAAGGAUUGCACCAGAGCGUAGAGGAAGAAUGAACAAAAUCAGUCGACGCCGACGGAAACUGGAGCGAUUCGAAUCUCCACGAGAUAGAACUUCUCAUGACGUCCUUGAAGAUUUCAAAGGACGCAGCGUCCUUUAA